AUGGAACGUCGUAAUUUGAACUCAAUAUCGACUGCAGAGGGUCGGCUCGGCAGGCAUCGUUGGCCUUACACGUCGUCCGACGUCCUAAACAGCCCCGAUGCGCGCCAGUUUCUCAGGGCGUGCCUGGUCUACAAGAUUCUCAGCACAAGACAGCCGUUGUUCCUGCAACGCAAUCUGCUCUUUCGUUGCGUCAGUGAAGGCUCGGUGAAGAAGUUGAAGCGAAGAAUACGAAAGAGAAUAGACACGGGUUCUGAACAGGUGAAAGAUCAUACAUCCCAGCGACCAUCCGGGCCACCGCCGGAGAAUGCCAACAAUUUCAUUUACCAGUGUUUCAGCAGCCUACAGAUUCUGUUAGGCACCGUAGUCGACGAUACCGGUAUUCCAAUGCAGUGUUUCCCUAACGCUUGCAUCUUUCACAGUAUCACUACUCUUUUAGAAAUCAACGAUGUUGUGGAGGUUGAAACUCUUAUUGGGCUGGGCAAAGCCGCAGCCUCCAUACACUCGACGGAUUAUCAGGCGGGUGUAUUGUCAGAAUAUCGUCUGAUGGUUCUUGGAAAUUUUCGAAUCUACCGUAAUCCCAGUGAAAGCAAUCUACUUUGUCCGAUUAUAAGCAUACCGCCCGAUUUGAUCUUUCCACCCGAAGACCAAAAUUUUAUCUUGAACGCCUUCUUGAUUUUUCGCUGCUCGAUGGUCGGCCAACAAGACCGUGAGAGAGAGCUGGGCGACGUGGUUAGCCCCAGCGGCCGAACGAGUUUCGUCGCCAAAUUGCAUCUUGUUGAGUUCAACAAGUUGGUGCCGUUGGAAAACGGUAAUUACGAGUUGUUAAUGAGAAACGAUGAUUACUUCGCCGAACCACUGCAUCUGUUAUGCACGUGCAACUUGAAAAAGCUGGGAUGGCAUGCCCAUCAAUUAACCACACAGUGCAUGGAUUAUUCCCGCUGUCCUCUGUGCAAAGUGUGGUGUCCUGACUUGUAUUGCCUGCUGAAGCAUUUGAGACUGACGCAUUCUCGUCUGUUGUUCAGUUUGAAGGUCAACAAUGGCCGAUUCACCAUUGCCGUAAAACCAAAUGCACAGUAUGACGGACAUUUCGAAAUCCUUCCUUCAAAGGUAAAGAAUCGGCAUGGAAGAAAAGCUGUACCAUCGAAGGCAGCCGUGAAUGCAAUGUUGCUGCAUCGAAAGUACGGUUUAAUAUCACAGUGCUUUUGCUUGCCGUUCGAUUAUUUUGGCGGUGCCCAUUCUCAGUUGUUCACCGAUUUAUUCUGCGCCUACUACGCAGCAUUUAUUAAGCAGAGAACAUCCGGGAAACUUCUGACCCACAGCUUGGACGAAUUCACCGAAGCGGAAAACAAGGCAACCAUUAAAUCAGAAGAUACCGACACCAUGCAAUCUCUGACUCAUAAUAGACCGUACCACCACAGCACUACUUGCAUGCCGAUCCUAAGUGCCGAACUAGAUAUCGAUUCAGAGGAGGAGAAUAAUCCAAGCUGGUUAAAAGAAAGUCUGGCACAAAACAUCAACGGUUUUUCGGACUUAAACGACGGAGAAAAGAUGAUCAUGGCGAUGUGGAAUGAACACAUCACGCGUUACAAGUACGUGAUUUUUGUUUUUGCAUACACCGCAGGAAAGGGGUGGACGAAAUCGCGCAACUGA